GGGGGGGGGGGGCUCGACAUGGGGGGCUUUUUCUCCACCAUCUUUUCCAGUUUGUUUGGAACUCGAGAGAUGAGGAUUCUCAUCCUGGGGCUGGAUGGAGCAGGAAAAACAACCAUUCUCUACAGGCUGCAAGUUGGAGAAGUUGUAACCACCAUUCCAACCAUUGGCUUCAAUGUUGAGACGGUGACCUACAAGAAUCUGAAAUUUCAGGUCUGGGAUUUAGGAGGACAGACAAGCAUAAGGCCCUACUGGCGCUGUUACUAUUCGAACACAGAUGCUGUCAUUUAUGUAGUGGACAGCUGUGAUCGUGACAGAAUUGGCACUUCAAAAUCAGAGCUCGUUGCUAUGUUAGAGGAAGAAGAGCUGAAGAAAGCCAUUUUGGUGGUGUUUGCAAAUAAACAGGACAUGGAACAGGCCAUGACUCCCACAGAAAUGGCAAAUGCCCUUGGCUUACCAGCUUUGAAGGACCGAAAAUGGCAGAUUUUCAAAACGUCUGCAACUAAAGGCACAGGGCUUGAUGAAGCAAUGGAAUGGUUGGUGGAGGCCUUGAAGAGCAGACAGUGAUACAAAACUGACCAUUGCAAGGAAGUAUCAGCUAUAGCCAGCAUCCUCCUUUCUGCAGUUAAGUAUUUUCAGGCCACAGAUACUUGUAAAUAGGACAGAUUUGAAUAUUACUUCUGUAAUGUGGAUGCCUCUCUUCAAUUGUAAAACUGAAAUAAGUGAAUGUGUACAUUAUGAUACUCCAUUUCUUUCUUUUUGUUUAAAGAAUGUACUUAUGUUAAUUUGUAUGAAAGUCUUACUGGCUGAGAAAGUUGGUGAUUCUUUUGUCAUCCCCCUUCCUUUGGUGGUUUUGGUGGCUAGCAUAUUGGUGUAGAUAAAACACUAAUAAAAUCUAGAACUGUCAGCUA